GGGGAAAAGAAAAGGCAAUCAAUCGUGUCCAGUCACACCUUUGAGGCUGCCUUGCACCAGGUUGGUAUGGCCGUCAGAGUGGGCGACAUCCAGUUCGAUCGACGUCACAUGAUUGGAUGGGGACCGAGCGGAACAGUCGUCCUACGCGGAAGUUUCAAAGGCGGACAACAACCGGUGGCCGUCAAACGCUUCAUCACCAAGCAGCUCAGAUGGAACGCCAACGAAUUCCAAUUGUAUCGCAACGAGCAUCACGCCAACAUCCUGCGGAUCCACCACUUGGAAUGCGACCACCUUUCCGGCUUCACUUACUUUGCGCUUGAGUUGGGCACGUGCAACUUGGCCAGCUACCUCGCUGGCAAGUACAGAGGGCCGCCCCUGUCGGCUCACACUAUCCUACUGCAAAUUUCGCAAGGAUUACAACAUUUGCAUUCGCUGGGCGUGAUCCACCGUGGACUGAAGCCCAACAACGUCCUCAUUUGUACCGAGACCCAGACAAAUCCGCAGUCGGGGAAGGAAGUUCAAAUCAAACUGUCCGAUUUCGGUGUCAUGGCCGGCAGCUCGUCGGGUGACAGCUGGCCUUGCAGUGAUAGAGACAGCGUCGAGGGAUGGUUGGCACCGGAGCAGAUCAAGACGCUGGGGCUGUCGACGAGAACUGUCACGACGAUGGCGGAGGCAGGAUCGGGCCCAUUGCAGCGACAAAAGUCCGGUGCCCAGCUCCAGUUAUUGACGCCAGCCGUCGACGUUUUUGCGCUGGGCUGCCUCUUUUUCUGCGUUUUGACCAGCGGCCAGCACCCGUUCGGAUCGCCGUCCUACUUCCGGGAACAGAGAGCUUUGGCAGGCCAAUACGAGUUGGCACCCCUCAGCCUCCAGCUGCCUCCGGCCGCAAUACUGAUCGAGAGAAUGAUCCAGCGAGAUCCCGACUACAGGCCCACAAUCGACAACGUUUUAGCACAAUCCAAUUUUUGGUCGCUCGACAUUUGACAAACUGUCAACACAAUCAACUAAAAGGGCCAAUAAAGACUCCCCAACCACACGCCCUCGUACAACAACGCCCAUUUGAUCUUUUUUCUUUUUUCAUUUUCAAGAGAACAACAACUCAAAAAAGUUUAAGUGUGUGUGUGUGUGUGUGUGUGUUUUGGGAUCGGUGUUAUUCUAAUCCAUUAGUUCCAUAUGACUUGGAACGUUCCAAUUACCCCACAUUGGUCCUAUAUCACUCCAACCAAAUGUUGCACCACGAAAGAGAAAUAAACAAUGGACACAA